UUUUGCUGGCUCUCAAAAUUGACUUUUCAGUUUGUUAAAUACUCUAGAAAAUUCCCUGAAAAUAUUCACACCCCUAGAAGUGCUAUAGUCCUUUAGAUAGCAGGAUGUCAGGCCUGUUUCGGCCACCAAGGAUUGCCGGAUCGAUGCGUCUAUUUCACGAUAUCACGGAUAUCCUGUCGUUGCGGGAGAUAAUUGGAGCCACGAACCUGCGGAAGAGAACGCCCGAGGAGUACCGAAUACUGCGCGACAUUGUCACCUCCUUCGAGCGGUACCGGGGAGUGGGCAACGACAUCCAGCUGACGCUGCAGGAGCGGGCUGCCAACGAGGUGAUCAUGUGCGAGAAGAAGAGGGAGUACCAGAAGGGCAUCCUGGACCCCAGCAAGUUCGCACCGGGCCGCCACAUCUUCCAGGUGCUGCACAAGAUCCGCAGGUCUCCGCUCUUCAAUAUACUGACCAAGAUGCCCAAGGGGGGGGCCCUCAAGGUGCACGACACCUCGUUGUGCAGCACGGACUACCUCAUCCAGCUGAUGUACAAGGAGCACCUCUGGGUGUGCACCAUCGACGAGGGAUGUUGCGUGGUUGAGUUCCGGUUCGCCGAGCAGAAGCCCACGAAGGGCCUUCACCCGGAGGGCCAGUGGGAGCCGAUCGAGCAGCUCCGUGAGCGGCGCGGCGAGGAGAACCUCAACAACUACCUGCGGCGACGCUUCAGCAUGUAUCAAAAGGAGAGCUUCGAGAACAACGCUGAGGCCUGGCGCCACAUGAUGGGAAUCUUCGAUCUGCUGGACGGCCUCAUCCAGUAUGCCCCCGUCUGGGCCGAGUACUACUACCAGGCCCUCAAGGAGUUCCACGCGGACGGGGUGCAGUACAUGGAGGUGCGGACCACGAUGCCCCAGCUGUACUGCCUGGACGGACAGAAGCUGCCGGUGCGCGAGACCGUCCAAAUCUACCAGGACGUGAUGAAACUUUUCAGGAAGGACUACCCGGACUUUAUCGGCGCGAAGCUCAUCUACGCCCCGCUGCGGCAUGUCCAGCCGGAGGUCGUCGGACAGUAUGUCAAGCAAUGCACCGAGCUAAAUAAAGAGUUCCCCGGCUUUGUGAUUGGAUUCGAUCUGGUGGGCCAGGAGGAUGUCGGCCAUCCGCUGAGCCAAUUCGUCGAGGAGCUGAUCAAGCUGCCCGACAACAUCAACUUUUACUUCCACGCCGGACAGACGAACUGGUACGGCUCCCACGUGGACGAGAACCUGAUCGACGCCAUAAUGCUGGGCACGAAGCGGAUCGGACACGGGUACACGAUCACCAAGCACCCGCUGCUGAUGCAGCUGGCCAAGUACAUGAACAUCGCCCUCGAGGUGUGCCCCGUCUCCAACCAGGUGUUGCAGCUGGGCUCCGACUACCGCAACCAUCCGGCGGCCACGCUGAUCGCCGAGAACGUGCCGCUGGUCAUCUGCUCGGGCAGUCCCGCCUUAUGGUGCGCCUCGCCGCUCUCGCACGACUUCUACAUGGCCUUCCUGGGCAUCGCGCCCAUGAAUGCCGACCUCAAGUUCCUCAAGCGCAUUGCCAAGAACUCGAUCCGGUACAGUGCGCUCAAGGACGAGGCCAAGGCCAAGGCCAUGGAGAAGUGGAAGAAGAACUGGGAGGCGUGGAUCGACGAUGUUGUCAAGAACAAAGACAAGACUCUCCAACAGACCCCAGCCAAGUGAAUAAAGUCCAGGAACUGAAGUUUGUAUGCCGCAUAA